UUUAUUGAUUACAAAAUGUCAUUAAUGGAAUGCAUAAAAACGACGCUGAUAUUUGUGCUGGUGUCUGAGUGUGCUGUUAGCACCAAUGAAUACAUGAAGAGGGAACACUCAUUGGUUCCACCAUUCCAGGGAGUUGGCGUGAAUCUUGCCAAUUGGGACUUUCUUGGUCACACAGUGAUGACAAGCAAUUACAUUCGGCUCACGCCGGAUCUACAAUCGAAGAGCGGUGCCCUAUGGAACUAUUCGCCAUGUUUAACAAAAAAAUGGGAAGUUCAUGUAACAUUUAAGGUCCAUGGCAAGGGUACUGAACGUUUUGGUAAUGGCUUCGCUAUUUGGUAUACCAAGGAACGUAUGCAACCGGGACCGGUUUUUGGUAGUAAAGAUCAUUUUUCCGGCUUGGCGGUUAUUUUGGAUACCUACAGUAAUCACAAUGACACAUAUAAUCAUCAACAUCCCUAUUUGAGCGCCAUGGUAAACAACGGCACUAUUAGCUACAAUCAUGAUCGUGAUGGUACUCACACCCAAUUGGCUGGAUGUGAGGUUCACUUCCGUAAUUUUAAUUUCGAUACACAUGUGGCGAUAUGUUACGAAAACGAUAUUCUAUCGGUAUCAACUGAUCUGGAAAAUCGCAAUGAAUGGAAAAAUUGUUUUGUUGUAAAUAAUGUUGAAUUGCCCACGCGUUAUUUCUUUGGUCUAUCGGCAACAACAGGUGAUAUGUCCGACAAUCAUGAUAUUUUGAGUUUCAAAGUUUACGAUUUGGAAACGCCUGAUGAUAUCAUUCCCAGUGCCCAUAUACAUUGUCAUUUAUACAGAAAAACUCCAUAUCAUUUGAAAUUAUUAUUAAUAUGUUUAUUCUUCUUGGGUAUUUUUUAUAAAAAUUAG